AUGGAUGUCUUCUUGUUAAGUCCUGGUUCAAUUCAUAAUAAAGAAGUUUUAACGAAAUAUAACAACGGAACAAAUGCAGCCAAUGGAAAAAUUAAUCAGGUCAAUUCGAAUAAGCAAUUAGCUAUAAGAAAUUGGUCGACAGCGAUGCCAGGGAAAAAUUUAGAAAAUUCUUGGGGAUCUAAAAGAAGUUUAAAUUAUUCGAAUCCGAAACUUCUUGUGUUUGGUAAUACGACGCAAAUGAAAAGUUCAUCGAAACAAAAUAUUUAUCAUUCGCAACACAAUCAACAAGAAAAUUCAUCGUCGCGAUCUUCAUCGACUGCAGCACCAUCGCCGUGUUUUCCGAGUAUAAAUAAUAAUAAUUCUUCUUCUCAUAAUAAUUACCAUAAUAAUAAUAAUAACGUGGAAAAUAAUCCUCCGAGUCAGAGAACGGAUCCAAAUGGUAGACGACUUCCACUUACUCCUUCAGAGGCUCUCAAAUAUUACGGAAGUCGAUUGACGGAGUAUGAAAAAAGCGAAAUAGAAAAAUAUUCAGAAAUAUGGUAUCUCGGAUUGGAUGCCUGUAAAAUCCACGGGGAAGAUUUUGAUGAUGAUUACGGAAGUUACCAUAAGGUGCUCCACGACCACAUUUCAUACCGUUAUGAAAUACUCGAGGUCAUAGGAAAGGGUAGCUUCGGACAAGUGAUAAGAGCUCUCGAUCAUAAGACUAAUCAACAUGUAGCCAUAAAGAUAAUAAGAAAUAAAAAAAGAUUUCAUCAUCAAGCAUUGAUCGAAGUUAAAAUUCUCGAUCACCUUCGUAAAAGAGACAAAUAUUCUCUUCAUAACGUGAUUCACAUGUUGGAAUAUUUUUAUUUUAGGAAUCACCUUUGUAUUAGUUUUGAAUUAAUGAGCCUUAAUUUAUACGAGCUCAUAAAGAAAAACAGUUACCAAGGAUUUAGUCUAACAUUGAUCAGGAGAUUUGCUCAUUCACUUGUUCAGUGUUUGCGUCUUUUACAUAAAGAAAAUAUUAUUCACUGUGAUCUCAAACCCGAAAACGUUUUAUUGAAACAAAGAGGUAGCAGUUCGAUAAAAGUUAUAGAUUUCGGAAGUUCCUGUUAUUCUCAUCAAAGAGUUUACACAUACAUUCAAUCUAGGUUUUAUCGUUCGCCGGAAGUUAUUUUGGGACUUCCUUAUGGCACGGCAAUAGAUAUGUGGAGUUUAGGAUGCAUUCUUGCCGAAUUAUACACGGGCUACCCACUUUUCCCAGGGGAAAAUGAAAUAGAACAAUUAGCCUGCGUUAUGGAAAUAUUGGGAAUUCCACCCGAGGACGUAAUAAGUAAUGCAUCGAGAAAAAGAUUAUUUUUCGAUUCAAGAGGUAAUCCUAGAUGCAUUACCAAUAGCAAAGGAAGAAAACGAAAACCGGGAUCGAAAGAACUUGCGAGUGCUAUUCGUUGCAAUGAUAAACAAUUUGUAGAUUUCAUCAGUCAAUGUCUGCAGUGGGACGCGAAAAAAAGACUGAACCCCGAAGAUGCACUCAGGCAUGAUUGGCUAAAAUCCUCAAGCACUUCCUCGGUAACUCAAACCUCUCAGGACCUUCGUAGAUCUCCAUCAGAGACUGGAAAUUUAGGACAGCGAAGAACAGCCUUAAAAUCAUCCGUAACCGAAUCUCAAUACACAGCAUUUAAAGUACAUAAAGCGAGAAAAUGGAAAUAUGGGGAAAGUGAAAAUUCCGAACAAAACGAUGUCGGAGGAACGACAACCGUCAAAGUAAAUGUAACGACUCCUUCUGUUAGGCAUACGUCCGCCGGUGAUGGCGAAACUAGUUUAGAUGAUUUUGGAACAUUUUUGCCCCCAAUAUUGUGA